AGAAGCAAGAUGGAAUGAUCGGGUAUAUAUAUAUAUACGGUUAAGUACGCACACAUUCAGCUCUGGGUAGAAAAUUCAAGGUUUGUGUGCUAGAGGUUGUCCACACCUUCUUCGUCGACCUUCAACUACCACAAUAUGAAGAACUCUGCAAAAGAAGGUCAUCAAAAACAGCAGGCAACAACAACGAUGAAACGCAGAGUGGCCCCACAAGGUUGCUUCACUGUGUACGUCGGACCACAGAAGCUGAGGUUCGUGAUCAAGACCCAGUAUGCAAACCACCCUCUGUUCAUGAAACUGCUUGAAGAAGCAGAGUCGGAGUACGGAUACAACAGCCAUGGCCCUCUUGUGCUUCCAUGCAACGUUGAUGUAUUCUACAAGGUGUUGAUGAAAAUGGAGGGUGAGGAUCGUGAGGUUGCUGAUGGGAAAGGGGGUGGAUUUGGUAGCAGGCCAUGUCCUCAUGCCUCCUACCAAUAUCUCAGCCCUUUCCAUUUGUAUGUUGUAAAUCAGAUAUAGAUAUACAUAUAUAUAUAUAUAUAUAUACACAUGGUCUUGAUGGUCUCUGUCUCUGUUUCUGAUCUAGAUUUACAUAUAUUAUAUAUAAUAAUAAUAAUAUUAGUUUCCUUAAAUAUAUAUAUAUAUAUAUAUGUGUGUGUGUGUGUGUGUGUAUGAUCUUGAUAGGAGAGACAUAAGAGGGUUUUGCUAGAUGAGACUUAUGCUUUUUGGGUUGUGCUUUGAUUGGUUAGAUAAAAUUUUAUACAUAUUGUAAAAGUCGGAGAGGUUUAAUUUCUGCGUAUUUUUGCUGUGCAUGUAUGAAAGGGGACUGAUAUAUUCCCCAAAAGAAUAUUGUAAUGAAGAUGAUGAUGAUGAUGAUGAUAAAUGAGUAACACUAUUUUGGUUUUUGCUUUGUGUA